CGAGAGCCAGGGGCUUAGAAUCACGAAAAGAAAGUAUCAAGAGUCUUUUCCUACGUUUGUUAUAGUUUUUAUAACAGGAGAUUUCAAGUCUCCUGUUGAGGCGGCACCCGGAUUUGAACUGGGGAAAAAGGAUUUGCAGUCCCCCCGCCUUACCACUCGGCCAUGCCGCCAAAAUGAUUUGUACUAGAUUCAAAUUUUCUCUUGUUUUUUUUUCAACUCCGAAAAAAAUAUAGAUUUUCAGUCACAAAAUAUAGACAAUCAACCUAGUACAAAUCAGAACCAUUAACUAUUGACUGUAAAUUCAUGACCUUUUUUGAAUUCAAAUUUACAUUUUUUAUUUCUAAUAAUAUAAGAUAAGAAAAAUCAUUAGAAAUAGAUUUAUAACUAAUCUAUAUUGAGUUUUUUCAAUUAAAAAGAAAUCUUCUUCCAUUUGAAUUAUAACACUAAUAAUGAGUAUAUGUAAACCCCAGAAUCAGAACAUACGUUACCUUGUAUAGCUCUAUAAUGGGGUAUUUUAUCUCUCUAGGGAUGCUUUGAGGAGUAAUUCUCAAUAAAUUUUUGUAUUGAAAUUUUUCAUUGAAUACAUUGAAAAAAAAUUUUUAAUUUUUGGUAGAGCACAGCAUGUGCUGUUCCAAUAGAACUGUACCACAAUAAAAGAAGAAAAAGAGACAUAUAUAUAUACCUGUGCAUUCUUUUUUUAUUUUAAUAAUAAUAAAAAUUAAAUAAAAAAAACAUACGUUUUCUUACCUUACUCUACCUACUUCAAUUCAAUGAUAUUCUAAAUAUUCUAUUCAAAAUAGUAAAAAUCCAUCUUUUUUCUGCAACUAUUUUUUUGAACAAUGAAAUACAAAUACAUGAAAAAGUAAAGUGUUUAAAAAAAAGUUUUCUAUUUCUUAUAUGUUUAUCUGCUCGAACAGAUCCUAUCAUGAAUACCGUUUUUUAUGGUAUGCGAUCGAAUGGAAUAUGUAAUAUCAUAGGUGAAAAUGAAAUUACUUUUUUUCUAGUCGUUACAAAACUCCAUAAGUUCCAGCGGUAUUCUAAAUUCUGUUCCAUUUGGAUCUCUUUCUUAUAAAAAAAAUUCCAAUUGAAUCUAGUCUCCGUUCAUACGGAUUUCAUACAUUCCAUAUAUCUUGGAGUUGGAUAAAAUUUCAUGUGAUUCAGUAAACAGAAUAGAAAUUCCAUUAUUGCUAGAUCGAAUUCUAUCUAUAUGAUUCGGUGAAGAAUGAGAUAUGGGAUUUUUUAAAAUAAACGGAUAAAUGAUAAAUUCAAAAAAGAUGCUCGGGGAUGGAAAAGAGGGAACAUCUACAAUACCCGGAUUUAAUCAGAUACAAUUUGAAGGGUUUUAUCGGUUUAUUGAUCAGGGUUUAAUAGAAGAACUUUCGCAAUUUCCAAAAAUUGAAGAUAUAGAUCACGAAAUUGAAUUUCAAUUAUUUGUGGAAACAUAUCAAUUGGUAGAACCUCUGAUAAAAGAACGAGAUGCUGUCUAUGAAUUACUUACAUAUUCUUCUGAAUUAUAUGUAUCCGCGGGAUUAAUUUGGAAAACCAAUAGGAAUAUGCAAGAACAAAGAAUUUUUAUUGGAAACAUUCCUUUAAUGAAUUCCCUUGGAACUUCUAUAGUAAACGGAAUAUACCGAGUUGUGAUCAAUCAAAUAUUACAAAGUCCUGGUAUCUAUUACCAGUCAGAAUUGGAUCAUAACGGGAUUUCGGUCUAUACCGGCACCAUAAUAUCAGAUUGGGGGGGCAGGCUAGAAUUAGAGAUUGAUAAAAAAGCAAGAAUAUGGGCUCGUGUGAGUAGGAAACAGAAAAUAUCUAUUCUAGUUCUAUCAUCAGCUAUGGGUUCGAAUCUAAGAGAAAUUCUAGAGAAUGUUUGCUACCCUGAAAUUUUCUUAUCUUUCUUAACCGAUAAGGAGAAAAAAAAAAUUGGGUCAAAAGAAAAUGCUAUUUUGGAGUUUUAUCAACAAUUUUCUUGUGUAGGUGGGGAUCCAAUAUUUUCUGAAUCCUUAUGUAAGGAAUUACAAAAAAAAUUCUUUCACCAAAGGUGUGAAUUGGGGAGGAUUGGUCGCCGAAAUAUUAACUGGAGACUGAAUCUUAAUAUACCUCAGAACAAUAUAUUUUUGUUACCACGAGAUAUAUUAGCAGCUGCCGAUCAUUUGAUUGGGAUGAAAUUUGGAAUGGGUACACUUGAUGAUAUGAAUCAUUUGAAAAAUAAACGUAUUCGCUCUGUAGCGGAUCUUUUACAAGACCAGCUCGGGUUGGCUCUGGCUCGUUUAGAAAAUGUAGUUAAGGGAACUAUAGGCGGAGCAAUUAGGCAUAAAUUGAUACCGACUCCUCAGAAUUUGGUAACUUCAACUCCGUUAACAACUACUUAUGAAUCCUUUUUCGGAUUACAUCCAUUAUCUCAAGUUUUGGAUCGCACUAAUCCAUUGACACAAAUCGUUCAUGGGAGAAAGUUGAGUUAUUUGGGCCCUGGCGGAUUAACAGGGCGAACUGCUAAUUUUCGAAUACGAGAUAUCCAUCCUAGUCACUAUGGGCGUAUUUGCCCCAUUGACACGUCUGAAGGAAUCAAUGUGGGACUUAUUGGAUCUUUAUCAAUUCAUGCCAGGAUUGGUGAUUGGGGGUCGUUAGAAAGUCCGUUUUAUGAACUCGUUGAGAAAUCAAAAAAGGCGCGGAUACGGAUGCUUUUUUUAUCACCAAGUCAAGAUGAAUAUUAUAUGAUAGCGGCAGGAAAUUCUUUGGCUCUUAAUCGGGGCAUUCAAGAAGAACAGGCUGUACCAGCUCGAUACCGCCAAGAAUUUUUGACUAUCGCAUGGGAAGAGGUUCAUCUUCGAAGCAUUUUUCCUUUCCAAUAUUUUUCCAUUGGAGCUUCCCUAAUUCCUUUUAUCGAACAUAAUGAUGCGAAUCGAGCUUUAAUGAGUUCUAAUAUGCAACGUCAAGCAGUUCCACUUUCUCGGUCCGAAAAGUGCAUUGUUGGAACUGGAUUGGAACGCCAAGUGGCUUUAGAUUCGGGGGUUCCCGCUAUAGCCGAACACGAGGGAAAAAUCCUUUAUACUGACACUGAGAAGAUAAUUUUAUCGGGAAAUGAGAAUACUUUAAGUAUUCCAUUAAUUAUGUAUCAACGCUCAAACAAAAAUACUUGUAUGCAUCAAAAACCUCAGGUUCGCCGGGGUAAAUGUAUUAAAAAGGGACAGAUUUUAGCGGAUGGUGCUGCUACAGUUGGUGGGGAACUCGCCUUGGGGAAAAAUAUAUUAGUGGCUUAUAUGCCAUGGGAAGGAUACAAUUUUGAAGAUGCGGUACUCAUUAGUGAGUGUCUAGUAUAUGGUGAUAUUUAUACUUCUUUCCACAUACGGAAAUAUGAAAUUCAGACGCAUGUGACAACCCAAGGUCCUGAAAGGAUCACUAAGGAAAUACCGCAUCUAGAGGGCCGUUUACUCCGAAAUUUAGACAAAAAUGGAAUUGUGAUGCUAGGAUCGUGGGUUGAAACGGGUGAUAUUUUAGUAGGUAAAUUAACGCCUCAGAUGGCGAAAGAAUCCUCGUAUGCUCCGGAAGAUAGAUUAUUACGGGCCAUACUUGGCAUUCAGGUAUCGACUUCAAAAGAAACUUGUUUAAAAUUGCCUAUAGGUGGUAGAGGUCGAGUUAUUGAUGUGAGAUGGGUUCAGAAAAAGGGUUCAAGUUAUAACCCCGAAAUAAUUCGUGUAUAUAUUUCACAGAAACGUGAAAUCAAAGUAGGUGAUAAAGUAGCCGGAAGACAUGGAAAUAAAGGUAUCAUUUCCAAAAUUUUGCCUAGACAGGAUAUGCCUUAUUUGCAAGACGGGAGACCCGUGGAUAUGGUCUUCAACCCAUUAGGAGUACCCUCACGCAUGAAUGUAGGACAGAUAUUUGAAUGCUCGCUUGGAUUAGCGGGAAGUUUGCUAGAUAGACAUUAUCGAAUAGCCCCUUUUGAUGAGAGAUAUGAACAAGAGGCUUCGAGAAAACUCGUAUUUUCUGAAUUAUAUGAAGCUAGUAAGCAAACAGCCAAUCCAUGGGUAUUUGAACCCGAGUAUCCAGGAAAAAGCCGCAUUUUUGAUGGAAGAACGGGAGAUCCUUUUGAACAGCCUGUGAUAAUAGGAAAGCCCUAUAUCUUGAAAUUAAUUCAUCAGGUUGAUGAUAAAAUACACGGACGUUCUAGUGGACAUUAUGCACUUGUUACACAACAACCCCUUAGAGGCCGUUCUAAGCAGGGGGGGCAGCGGGUAGGCGAAAUGGAGGUUUGGGCUCUAGAGGGGUUUGGUGUUGCUCAUAUUUUACAAGAGAUGCUUACUUAUAAAUCUGAUCAUAUUAGAGCUCGCCAAGAAGUACUUGGUACCACUAUCAUUGGAGGAGCAAUACCUAAACCAGAAGAUGCUCCAGAAUCUUUUCGAUUACUUGUUCGAGAACUACGAUCUUUGGCUCUGGAACUGAAUCAUUUCCUUGUAUCUGAGAAGAAUUUCCAGAUUAAUAGGAAGGAAGUUUAAUCGGAAUGAAUCACAAAAUUUCUUAUAUGAUCGAUCGGUAUAAACAUCAACAACUCCGAAUUGGAUUAGUUUCUCCUCAGCAAAUAAGUGCUUGGGCCACUAAAAAAAUACCUAAUGGAGAGAUAGUUGGAGAGGUGACAAAACCCUAUACUUUUCAUUACAAAACCAAUAAACCGGAAAAAGAUGGAUUAUUUUGUGAAAGGAUUUUUGGGCCUAUAAAGAGUGGAAUUUGCGCUUGUGGAAAUUAUCGAGUGAUCGGAGAUGAAAAAGAAGACUCGCAAUUUUGUGAACAAUGUGGAGUUGAAUUUGUUGAUUCUCGGAUACGAAGAUAUCAAAUGGGAUACAUAAAACUGACAUGUCCUGUAACUCAUGUAUGGUAUUUGAAACGUCUUCCUAGUUAUAUUGCGAAUCUUUUAGAUAAACCUCUUAAAGAAUUAGAAGGUCUAGUAUACUGCGAUGUGUGAUUUGAUCGAAAUUUUUAUUUUUAAGAAUGAUAAACUCUCAUCCCCUUCAAUCAAUUUGGGAUGCCCUCGAUCUGACAUGUCUCUUGAAAAGAGUAACAUGAAGCUCAGACUUGUGGGUGUAUUCAAUACUCCCAAAUAACAAGGGCGAUUGGUCUAUGGUCGAUUCAGUAAAAAAAAAGUAACUU